AGUAGAACCCAACAGAACCUGAACACCUCUGCACACUUCAGUCCCUCUAAGGUAGGUCUUUCAGCCCUGUCUGGUCUGUUUGGACGGGCCUGCAGUUGAGUGUCCCUCCUCAGGACUAAUUAUGGUUAAAACUUUAAAAAGAGAAACCUCUGGGUCACACGGUUUUCCUGAAACAUGAUUCAGCUGCUGAUUUUCAUUUGAAGUCUAGACCCACCUCCGAGAAAGACGAGCCUGCGCUGUGGUCUACAUAGUGCUUCAAAAUUCUGGAGGUUCUGGUCUCAGGACAUGGGUCUUCAUUCGUCUUUACUGAGUUCAAAUCACUGAGCUGAUCCGGUCUGUUGUGGCUGCAGGUGUGUUUCUGAGAGUCAUGUGGAGGUUGGUGCUGGCCCUCACUUUGCUCUGCAGCAGAUCUGAAGGUGCAGUGAGCUGCAAAGAUGACAAUGGUGCUGCUGUGAACUGGUGAGACCACACUCAGGACUGAGUUUCAUACAAGAGUACCGGAUUUGAUUAACGCUCCCUUUCCUUCAGGUACAUCUUAUACAAGACUCCGAACCUGCAGGACCAACAUCUCAGUGGUCUGGAGUACGUUUACAUGGACGAUAGGGGGCAGAGAGAGAUGGGGUCCUCCACGACAAACUUUAAAGGCAUCAAUCAUCCAGAGGGGGUCCUGGCAAACACCCUGAGACCCCUCUUUACCCCCAUCAGACAAAUGGUGAGAAUCGUCUCAGAUCCAUGUGGACCCCCUCCCUCUUACAAAUGUUCACUAACAAAGACAGACUUUCCCUGACCUGGUGGGGGCAGCACUUUGGCUCCUCUGGGUACAGAAGCUUUAGUCCUUAAGCCCUGGGGUCCUGGGGCCCCGGGGCCCCUUGCUGCAUGUCACUCUCUUUUGUCUGUCCUCUAAGUAAAGCAAAGACAACUGUCCUUAGAAAUCCCUGAGCAGGAUUAUUAGAUGAACAAGUUUUUAUUGAUUCUCUGUGACGACAGAAUCAUGUCGGGUUCAUUCAGAAUAUUCAAGAUAAUCUAUCUGGACCUUCAGAAUGUGGAAGGAUCAUGAACUCAGGUAUAUUUCACCUGUCCUUGUGUCCUCUCUACACAUGUUCAAGCCAAGUAACUUUGGAUUCAUCAGCUACAGUGAUCAGCCUCCAGGAUCUAGUGCUUCACCUGAGUUUGGUCACAGUAAAGGUAAACAAAGUAAACCCCUGACAGAACAACAUUUCCUUCAUGACAAGAGAAAUGAUCAGAAAUGAUCGUUUCAUAGUUGAGGGGCGCAUGACUGAGUAGGGGCAGUAAAGGGACAUUUCAUGACGUUUAUUUUCUCUCUCAGAGUAAAUAUGAGUGCACAGCAGGUCUGCUACCUUCUCUGUAACACACUGCCCUCUGGUGGUAAAUAACUGCACUAACUCUUUCUGUCCUCAGGGGUUCUGAUGGUGGACAGCACUGGUUCUGGAGUCUGGCUCUUGCACAGCACACCACAGUUCCCUUUCCGAAGAGAUCAGAAUAGUUUCUGGCCGAACAGCGGAGCGUCUAACGCUCAGACGUUUAUUUGCGUCACGUUUCUAUACCCGGAAUUCAGUAAAAUCGGUAAGAAGCUCAGACACAACACUCUCCCGUGUCUAAAUCUCAGCCUGAGGGGUAACUGUGAAGGUUCAAGGUCCCAUUUGAUGUUUUUUUAGGUCUGCACCUGCAGUACAUCGGAGCUUUUCCAUUUGAACAUGAUAUCCCUCCGGGCUUUCAUCAAGAACUAAGGGACGCUGUGAACUGGGUCAAAUCUAAUCCAUCCAAUAAUUUCCAGGAGCUGACAUCGACCAACUUGAAUCUGAAGUUUCACAGCAUCGCUAAACAACAGUUGGAUGAGUCCAAACGGGAGGGACCUGCAGGUGAAGCUUCUUUUCUCUGCCUUCACAAAUCUGCCUCCACGGAUCAGACCAGGACUAAACGACCAACCACGGUCCAGUCCAAACAACCAGUCCACAUCCAAACCCAAGCAGACCGUCACUGCCUCUGAUCUGAGCUCUCAGUUAUAAUUACCUCUAAUAAACUAUAAUAAACUUAAAUAAAAUCUAAUAAACUUUAAUAAACUAUAAUAAACUUAAUAAACUCUAAUAAACUUUAAUAAACAUAAUAAACUAUAAUAAACUUAAAUAAAAUCUAAUAAACUUUAAUAAACUAUAAUAAACUUAAUAAACUCUAAUAAACUUUAAUAAACAUAAUAAACUAUAAUAAACUUUAAUAAACUAUAAUAAUAUCUAAUAAACUUUAAUAAACUAUAAUAAACUUCAAUAAACUUUAAUAAACUGAAUAAUUUUUAAUAAACUCUAAUAAACUUUAAUAAACUAUAAUAAACUUUAAUAAACUUAAUAAACUAUAAUAAACUUAAAUAAACUAUAAUAAACUUUAAUAAACUAUAAUAAACUUUAAUAAACUAAUAAACUUAAUAAACUAUAAUAAACUUAAACUUUAAUAAACUAUAAUAAACUUAAUAAACUAUAAUAUACUUCAAUAAACUUAAUAAACUAUAAUAAACUUCAAUAAACUAUAAUAAACGUCAAUAAACUAUAAUAAACUUUAAUAAACUAUAAUAAACUUUAAUAAACUAUAAUAAACUUCAAUAAACUUUAAUAAACUAUAAUAUACUUCAAUAAACUUAAUAAACUUUAAUAAACUUCAAUAAACCUUAAUAAACUUUAAUAAACUAUAAUAAACGUCAAUAAACUAUAAUAAACUUUAAUAAACUAUAAUAAACUUCAUUAACUUUAAUAAACUAUAAUAUACUUCAAUAAACUUAAUAAACUUUAAUAAACUAUAAUAAACUUUAAUAAACUACAAUAAAAUCUAAUAAACUUUAAUAAAAUCUAAUAAACUAUAAUAAACAUAAUAAAAUUUAAUAAACUUCAAUAAACUUUAAUAAACUAAAAUAAACUUUAAUAAACUAUAAUAAACUUAAUAAACUUUAAUAAAAUCUAAUAAACUUUAAUAAACUAAUAAACUUAAUAAACUAUAAUAAACUAUAAUAAACUUUAAUAAACUAUAAUUAACUAUAAUAAACUUUAAUAAACUAUAAUAAACUAUAAUAAACUUAAACUUUAAUAAACUUAAUAAACUUUAAUAAACUAUAAUAAACUUAAUAAACUUUAAUAAAAUCUAAUAAACUUUAAUAAACUAAUAAACUUAAUAAACUAUAAUAAACUUUAAUAAACUAUAAUAAACUUUAAUAAACUAUAAUAAACUAUAAUAAACUUAAACUUUAAUAAACUUAAUAAACUUUAAUAAACUAUAAUAAACUUUAAUAAACUAUAAUAAACUUAAUAAACUUAAACUUUAAUAAACUUAAUAAACUUUAAUAAACUAUAAUAAACUUUAAUAAACUAAUAAACUUAAUAAACUACAAUAAACUUAAACUUUAAUAAACUAUAAUAAACUUAAUAAACUUUAAUAAACUCUAAUAAACUUUAAUAAACUAUAAUAAACUUCAAUAAACUUAAUAAACUUUUAUAAACUUAAUAAACUUUAAUAAACUUUAAUAAAAUCUAAUAAACUAUAAUAAACUUUUAUAAACUUAAUAAACUUCAAUAAACUUAAUAAACUUUAAUAAACUAUAAUAAACUUAAUAAACUUUAAUAAACUUUAAUAAAAUCUAAUAAACUAUAGUAAACUUCCAUAAACUAUGAUUAAAUUUGAUAAACUAUAAAAAACUGGAACAAACUUUAAUCAUCUAUAUAAACAAUGAUUAACUGUCAUAAACUUUGACUAUAAUAACUUUAAUAUUUUUUAAUGAUCUAUAAUCCUACAGCAGUGACAUGGUCGUCCUUUUUCUUCUUCUUCUCUCUGCAGUUGGAGAUCUUUACGUCACCAUUGGACAGCUGAUCAACAGCGAUGUGGACGUCCAGUCCUGGGGCUGCCAGCCAGACCGCAAACCGUCCUACUGCGUGAAGAACCAGCCUAAAGUCUACAACGUCAAAAAUGUUUGGACUCGUCUGGGAAACUGGAAGCCUACGCGUGACCACUCUAAGUGGUGUGUAUCUAGAGAUGUCAACAAUCAUUGGACCUGUUUAUCCGAUAUGAACAGGUCAACGUCACAGUACAAGCGGCGGGGGGGAGCUCUGUGCUUCAGAAAUGCUGCCGUCAAAACAUUCUUCCGGGCUUUUGCUCAUGGCACCGAGGACUGUUCAACCCCGAAUAUCAUGGACACGUUGAACACUGACUGUGAUGCUUCCAUGGAUACUUCACCAUGAGCUGAAGACAUCUCCCUCUGCUGACCCACCCUCGUGGAAAAUGUCUAACUAUCAGCUCACUGAAAGUACAGACCCUCUCCUUCAGGUCAGGUAUGAUCGUUUGUGCUUCAUCAACUCCUGUUUGUCUCAAUAAAAGACUCAAAAGACUUCAGCACGAGGUUUUCACUGAUUCUUUCUAUGAAAUAAUAAAACCAUUUCAGCACCAAA